CCAGCGGGAUUCCCCUUCCAAAGCAGAGUCUGCGCUCUGGGCUCGACUGAGGCUCCCUGGUCGCUCGCGCUUUUCUCUCCUUCUCCAAGAUGGCGGCGGUCGGCGGCGCUGAGGCGGGAUCCGGGCGAGCCUAGUGAAGAUUGCUUUGAUGGUGAUCACAGCUUUGAGGACAUAGGGCUAGCUGCUGGCCGAAGCCAACGAGAAAAGAAACGUUCUUACAAAGAUUUUUUGAGGGAAGAGGAAGAAAUCGCUGCUCAGGUCAGGAAUUCUUCCAAGAAGAAAUUAAAGGACAGUGAGCUUUACUUCUUGGGGACGGACACGCACAGGAAAAAGAGGAAGCACUCCUCCGAUGACUACUACUAUGGAGGACAGUGGUUCUUGUUCUGAGUGCCGAUAAACCAGUGUGAAGGAGGAGAGAGGUGGAGGGCUGGUAUUUUGGAGGAUUCAGCAUAGAAGAACAGUCUUCAUUUGUGAUACACCAGAUAUUUCGUCUUUGGAGCCAUCACAGAAGAAAAAGAAAAAGUCCAGCCCACAGUCUGCUGAUACAGCUAUGGACCUAUUGAAAGCGAUCACUUCCCCUCUGGCCACAGGCGCCAAACCCUCCAAAAAGAUAGGAGAAAAGUCGUCCAGUUCCUCAAGCCAUUCGGAGAGUAAGAAGGAACACCACAGGAAGAAAGUCAGUGGAAGCGGUGGGGAGCUGUCCCUGGAGGAUGGCAGUUCCCACAAAUCCAAAAAAAUGAAACCGCUCUACGUGAACACAGAGACACUGACCCUCCGUGAGCCUGAUGGCUUAAAGAUGAAACUUAUCCUCUCGCCCAAGGAGAAGGGGAGCAGCUCCAUUGACGAGGAGUCUUUUCAGUACCCCUCUCAACAAGGGACUGUGAAAAAAUCUUCUAAGAAGUCAGCUCGGGAUGAGCAGGGUGCUUUACUCCUAGGACACGAGUUACAGAGCUUUCUAAAAACAGCCCGGAAGAAGCACAAGUCAUCCUCAGACCCACGUUCCUCUCCUGGCCCCGAAGGCUGUGGCUCUGAGGCCUCCCAGUUCCCAGAAUCCCACAGUGCUAACCUUGACCUUUCAGGGCUGGAACCUAUCCUGGUAGAAUCAGACUCCUCCUCUGGCGGGGAGCUAGAGGCUGGGGAGUUAGUGAUCGAUGAUUCUUACCGGGAAAUCAAAAAGAAAAAGAAGUCAAAGAAGAGCAAAAAGAAGAAGGACAAGGAGAAGCAUAAAGAGAAGCGACACUCCAAGUCCAAGAGGAGUUCAGGGCUUCCCCCUGCUGCGGUGGCAGGAGAGGUCCCCGUGCCGCCUGUGCCCGCUCCCAGCCUCCCGUACACCGGAGCCCCCGCCCCGCCCCCGCCGCUUCCCAGCCCCCACACAGACGGGCACAAUGAGAAAAAAAAGAAAAGAGAGGAGAAGGACAGAGAGAGAGACCGAGGAGAAAAGCCAAAAAAGAAGAACAUGUCGGCCUACCAAGUGUUCUGCAAGGAGUAUCGUGUAACCAUUGUGGCUGACCAUCCAGGCAUAGAUUUUGGGGAACUGAGUAAAAAACUGGCUGAGGUGUGGAAGCAGUUGCCAGAGAAGGACAAACUGGUUUGGAAGCAAAAAGCUCAGUAUCUACAACACAAACAGAACAAAGCAGAAGCUACAACUGUGAAAAGAAAAGCAUCCAGCUCAGAAGGUUCCGUGAAAGUGAAAGCUUCUUCUAUGGGAGUACUGUCACCCCAGAAGAAAUCCCCACCCACCGCCAUGCUGUUACCUGCCUCGCCAGCCAAAGCUCCUGAGACAGAGCCCAUUGAUGUGGCUGCUCACCUCCAGCUGCUGGGAGAGUCCCUGAGCCUCAUCGGACACCGCCUGCAGGAAACUGAGGGCAUGGUGGCUGUGUCCGGCAGUCUGUCCGUGCUUCUGGACUCCAUCAUCUGUGCGCUUGGCCCCUUGGCGUGUCUGACCACACAACUACCUGAGUUGAACGGCUGUCCCAAACAGGUCUUGUCAAACACACUAGACAACAUUGCUUACAUCAUGCCUGGACUGUGACAGCAAAGACUCUUGGGACAGAAACCUUAUCCUGCCCUGUUGCUGGCUUGUGUGUAUGUGACUGUUCCAGAUCCCUUCACUGGCCUCUGGGUGUAGGUUUUAAAUUUUUAUAUAUAUGCACAUAUAUAUAUAUAUGUAAAAUGUAAAAUAUAUACAUAGGACUGUAAGUACUUUGCUUUUAAUAAUUUUAUGAAAUGGCAAAGGUUUAGCCAAGAUGAAACCUUGGCAUGAAUAUGGGCUUGGAAUUCUUUCUUCUCCUGUGGUGGAUAAAUCUGCCUUAAAAAAUCAAUGUAACUUGGGGGCUGGGGGCUAGUUUUGGAUGCCUAGUGUGCAUCACGGUAAGGUUGGCUAAAAUGUGAUUUUUUUCCAAACUCAGUUGUACCUCCAGACCCAUCACUGACCAUUUGCCUUACCUGUCUUACAGUCUGAAAUGUAAUGGGAAAGAUUAUGGGAAGACGUCAGUUAACUGAAAAUACAAAGCUUUUCAACUUGAAGUGACCUAGGUGGGAGGCGAUAACAUCGUUCCCAUCUGAAAGUUAUUGUGAUGGCCUAAGUGAACUUAGUAGAGGGUUCAUUCCAAUUCCUGCUCUAUCGGUGUCCACGUCUCAAAACUUACUGUAAUCAUUGGUACCAUUGGCAGCCUCUGUCGGCCAAGGAGUUUUGUGAGCCCUCGAGUGGGUAAAGCCAUCAGUGUCACCAGUUGCACAGUCUGUACUGUGAACUGACCCAGAGCAUUUGGUCUGCAGCACUAAGAGCUGGUAUCUUCCAUGGGCAGCAUCAGCUCAGCUCACAGUUCUCCCGCUUGGUUGUCGGGCGCAUGUAGAAGGUGAGCUUUGCCCAGCCUAAUUCCUGGGAUCUUCUCUUUGGCUCCCCUGCUGGCCAGAUACAUGGCGUUUCGCAUUCCACACAUAAGCGAAUUGCAAAAAAAAAAAAGUACUGUGUUCUCAUGUAGGUUUAUUUAUGUGCGAGUAUGAAUGUGUUUUAAUUAUGUGUAUUUAACUCUUUAAACUCCCUUAGAUUUUAAUUUAUCCUGUAAAUUUCUGUAUAUAUAAUUUAAAAAACAAGAGCCUCCACCAGCAACAGCAUGUGGAAGAGACUAGAUUUGUCAUUUCUUCCCCCGCUCCUUCCUCUGGCCUCCUCUGCAAACUCCAGAUCACCCACUCUUUAAGGUAUCGUGCCUCAAGACGGAAUCAUUAUGUUGGGAUUCUAGUUCUUUACAAUUAAAUAAUGUCAAGAAAGUAAAAUAAAAAGGAAUGUUACCAUUCCCAGCUGCCCUCAUUUCCAAAGAACCAGAUUUUGCUUCCCAGUUCCAAAGAAAACAGUUAAGCCCUUCAGGGUUGUUUUUAAAUUUGGUGCAAGAGUCCACAUCAAAACCAAGCUCUGAGGUGACUGCUUGCUUCCCUUGGCCUGGAUGGAGCAGAGGCAUCAGAGUCGAUCUCUGAGGAUAGUGCCCCCAGGCCUGCAUCCUGUGUAACUCCUUUCAUCCUUCCUUCCCAUCCAUGUGGUCACAGGACUGUGUUCCUUAAAGGUAUUCUGGCUACCGAAUGCCUUUCUCACCUCAGAGCAGUUUUGAGAUUGAACUGGGGAAACAGAAGGGAACAGGAAUGUCUGGGAACCAAAAUUACGAAGAGCAGAAGUCCUGGUUUGAUUUCGUGUGUCAGCGGUUGUUGCACACCUCCUCUCUACCCAGGUCAGUCUCCUGUUGGACACAGGGUAUCAGGGAAGGGGCCUCGGAGACAUGGAUGAGUACAGAAAGAAGUCAGUCCCACCAUCAUCAUUUGUACACAUUAACGACGUCUUGACGAGAGCCUGCUUUUUGUUUGUUUGUUUUCCUUUAAAGUCCAACCCUAUUGUAUUUGUAUUUAAAAUUUGUACACAUUUGUAUAAUAAUCUGUUCCUUGUGGUAUUUGGUACUAUUAGAGGAAAAACUUUGGAUUCAGACCUUCUUGCAGUUUUUAUAUCAUUGUUUUAUUUUGUUUUUUAAAUAAAUUCUAGCAGUUUGAUCCAAAUCCCAUUACAGUUGUAUAAAGAAAUAAAAUUUUGUACUUAUAUUAUUAAAAAUCACAUUUUUAAUAUUUGUA